AUGGUUUCAAAGGACAUUGAGUAUCUGAAGGAAAAAAACUUUGAUAUCUACAAGCUUCUGGAAAUCCCAAACGAUGCACAAGACGUAACAAUAAGGAAGGCAUACAGAAAACAAGCAUUGAUAUAUCAUCCAGAUAAAAACCAUUCAGAAGAUGCUGUUGAUAAGUUCCAUGCCAUUUCCAUAUCAUUGAAAGUGCUCAUUGAUCAGCAAUUGAGAAAUGAAUAUGAUAAUUGGUUACAAUCGAAACAAUUGGAAGCACUAAGAUCUCUUAAACUUGAUUCUAGUCGGAAACAGAUGAAGGAUGAAUUAGAAAAAGCUGAAAAUGAAGCAAUUCAACAACAACAAAGUCAGAGUGGUAAUAAGCGUUGGUCUAGUCGUACGGUUAAUCAAAGCUCAAAUACAUUUGGUGUACAUCUGGAAGCAUUAAGACAAGAAGGUACCCAGAAAAGAAGAGAAUUGGAACAUGAAUUUAGAUCAAAAUUUAAUAAUGAUGAUAAUGAGAAUUUGGCGAAACCAAGAAAGAUAUAUAAGUUAGAAUUGAAUGACAAUACAAAAGUAAGAGUUAAAUGGAAAAUUAAAGAAGGUAUAUCUGAUUUAUUCACAUCUGAUGUCUUGAUUAGUAUUAUGUCCAUAUUUGGUGAUAUUGAAUCAGCUGAAAUCUUACCAAGAUCAUCAAAAGAGAAAAGGUAUGAUACAGGAAUUGUGAAAUAUCACACAAAAGAAGGUGCAAUGAAUGCAGUGAAGCAUAAUUAUAAUGAAAAGAGUAAAAUUUGGGAAAAUACAUCAUAUAGGAAAUUAUCAGGUUUACUAAGGGAAGUUAAGUUUGAUAAAAAGACAAAAAAAUUGAAUAAAAAUGUUGGUGUUUUAAAUGAAGAUGAUUAUUCAUUUGAUGAAUAUUUAGAGUUAACUCUAAUGAAACUAACUAAUGCAAAAGAUUCAAAAAGUUUGAAAAGAAAAUUUGAAGAAUGA